AUGGUUUCAGUUGGCUACACCAUGAACGACCUGAUCUUUGAGUGGCAGGAGAAUGGACCUGUCCAAAUUGCUGAAGGCCUUACACUGCCACAGUUCCUGCUCAAAGAUGAAUCAGACCUCAGAUACUGCACCAAGCACUACAACACAGGUAAAUUUACUUGUAUUGAAGUGCGGUUCCACCUGGAGCGUCAGAUGGGCUACUACCUGAUCCAGAUGUACAUCCCCUCUCUGCUCAUUGUCAUACUGUCCUGGGUGUCCUUCUGGAUCAACAUGGAUGCUGCCCCAGCCAGAGUGGCUCUGGGCAUCACCACGGUGCUGACCAUGACCACACAGAGCUCCGGCUCCAGGACCUCACUGCCUAAG